CGCAAGAAUGGCACAAUUACACAGAAGACAAACACUUUGAGUGGCGUGGCUGCGAGUGGACACUCAGACCAUCCUUACCAUCCAUGGUCAUGUGAUAACGAAGAACCACAGGAUCGGCGUGACCCACUCGGACCACCGGACAUGGUACUUACAUAUAAAGGAACUAAGACAGUCGGACCGCGGAUGGUACAUGUGCCAGAUCAACACGGACCCUAUGAAGAGCCAAGUCGGCUUCCUGGAUGUCGUCGUUCCUCCUGAUAUUUUGGAUUCGGGCACGAGCACGGAUAUGGUCGUGAGGGAAGGGAGCAACGUCAGCUUCAGGUGUGCCGCCUCCGGAUCGCCCGCCCCCAGCAUCGUUUGGAGGAGAGAGGGCGGAGAACCGAUCCCACUUCCCAGUGGUCAAGAAGCGACAACUGUGGAAGGGCCGAUAUUGAACAUCUCCAGGGUGAAUCGUCUGCACAUGGGCGCUUAUUUGUGCAUAGCGUCCAAUGGUGUUCCUCCGAGCGUCAGUAAAAGGAUUAUGCUUAUCGUCCACUUUCCACCGAUGGUUUGGAUCCAAAAUCAGCUGGUUGGAGCGAUGGAAGGAGAAAAAAUGACUUUGGAAUGCCACUCAGAGGCUUACCCCAAGUCGAUAAACUACUGGACGGGGGAAAAAGGAGAAAUCAUUGCAAAUGGGGCGAAAUACGAACCAGUGCUUUUAGAGAGUGCUUACAAAGUCCACAUGAAGCUUACCAUCCACUCUGUCGGGCCGUCGGACUAUGGAUCGUUCAAGUGUGUAUCGAAAAAUUCGCUGGGCGAUACUGAUGGAACCAUAAAACUCUAUCCUGUUCCGAGGCCGGAAUCGCACAGGCCCAAGCAUAAAGAUAAAAACCGAAAGAAAUACGGCCCAAACGAAAUCGACCCGGGAAUGUCAGCAAAACAGAGAGAAUUGAAGCCCGGAGUUUACGAGGACUUCGACGAUGAGGACAAUUCAGGCUCGGAGGAAUGUCCGGUCCUUAUCACGCUGCUAAUCGCCAUUUCCUUCCAGCUCUUCCGUUAAAAACACAAGCCCGGCGGUUUUAAAAUCGAGAAGGAUGUAAAAACCGUUAUUUUUUAAAGGGCGGUUUCUCUGGCAGAGGGGUUCGCCGUUUUGGCGCCGGUGUGUCAGUAAAAGGUCAUUUUCGAUUUUAAAUGGGGCGACGACUUUAAAGAUUUAGGGUGAUUUCAAUAUAAUUUAGAUAUAUUAAAGACUGUCGACGUGGGCGAUUCUCAUGUGAUUUUCCAUGGGGAUGGUGAAAUGGAGAUCCUACCUAAAUUAAAAAUUACGUGGUGAACAUCUUAUAAAGCUAUUUCAUGUAAAUAUAGUUUUAUAUGUGGGUGUAAUUAAAUUAUUAUUAGGUACAAAUAUUUCUCGCUAAAUUGAUUUGUGAUUUCCAUUAAAGAAAGAUGACCGUUUUCUGCUAUUCCAAAUGUAUUGAGAUACAAUAGUGUUUAUUAUUUGCCAAGAGUAUUCUACAUCAUCAGAGUUUUAUAUGUUACCCAAUACUACUGAACUAAAACGAACGAAAAUUUUUAUCUACUUUCUACUUAAUAAAACGAUUUCUAGCGAAUCCUUAUCAUACAAAAAACGUGUGUGCAGACAAAUAUUUAUUAAAAGUAAAAAAUAUCCCAUUUCCGUUUUACUUCAUGUUAAUUCGCGUUAGGCUACAGUACAUUAAUACUUUUAAAAAAUACACUUAUUAUUGUUAUUUCUCCAAUAUUGUAUUUCAAAGGCUCGAAUAUUGGUUUCAGUCGAAAUUUAUAUUACUUAUUUUAUAAUUACUUACAUGAGAAAAUAGAUACCUGACAGUUUAAAUUGUAUUGUAUUUCCUUUGAAAAUGUUAUCGCGAUAUAAUUGACAAGGCAAUGUAAAAAAAUAUAAAACACGUAGUUCCUUUGCAUUCGAAAAAUAUAUCCACUUCACCAAACUUUAAUAUUUUAUUACCAGCAACAACAAGUACAAUUUCCGGAUAAUGGGGAUGUAUUCUUAGAAACAUUGAGGAAGGAACUGAGUCUGUAUCUUAUUUUACAAAUUGGUCUUAUUUCUGAUAUUCUACUACAAAAUUAAAAAGAUUAGUUAAUAUUACUUUUUAAAGACACUUUAGAUUUUAAACUUUAGACAAUAAAUACAUUUAUUUCUUAUAAAACUUAUUCCUGUUACACAACAUUAUUAAAUAAAGAUACAAGAAAAUUUUAUAUUGACGUUUAUUUACUCUACUAUUUCGGAAAAGAGUUUCCUUGCUUUAAUGGUCGUCAAAAUUUAAAAACAUGUUUAGUCCGUAAUCGCUCAAUAUUUUCUUUUUUCAAUUCAUUUUGUAACACAAGUAUUGUUUUAAAGUAGACAAAAGUACGUUUUCCUGUAAAUAAAGUUUAAAAAUUAAUUUAAAAUUUAUUCUAGAAUGAUUUCUCCUUAUUUACAUGUCGAAAAAAAACGGGCUUUAUUACACAUAAAAGAAUCAUUAUCUAGAAUAACUUAUCAUGGGUUUUUGUGGGUUGUCGAGACAAUACAAUCAGAAAUGAUCUUUAACGACAUUGUGGCUCGUGCCAUUUCCAACCCCGACCAAAAUUGUAUUUAUCUUAAGAAAUGUUUAUUUAUUAUCCAUAUUAUAAGCUUUAAAUCGGAAAUGAUUUUCAUUUUGCGAUUUCGAACGCAAUAAUAUUUUAUUACAUAUUAGUUGUGUUUGCUACGAUCUGUAGCUUGAACUAGUCAGAGUGUCAGUCCAAAUGAUUUUCUGAUAUAUUUUGCUAUAUCGUAAUUAUUAUAUAUUUAUUGUGUAAUAUUAAGAUUAAUAUAAGUGUUAAGGCCGCACAAGCGUGCAUGUAAUUAAUGUAGUGUAAGUUAAGUAAAAUAAACAUUGUCGAGCCUUAGAAAAUGGAUAUUUUUAUUUAUUUGUGUUUAAGAGUUUUCCUUAUUUAGGCAAACAUUUACAUGUGUCUUGUUCUUAUAUUUAUUUUUUCUUAUAUAUUAAAACAACAAGUGAUAGUUCAUUAAAGUAAUUUCAAUAACUUAUUGUAAGAAACACAAUGUAUAUAUUUAUAACCGAUGUUUUUAAUUUAUAAGAAAUUAUAUAGUAUUGCAAUAAUAAAAUUUUAAAUCCCAUUUUUCUUCUAUGGGGCUGUAUGGGAUAAUUAUUCUAAAUAGCUAAUUAUUGAUCAUAUAUAUGUGUUCCUACUCAUGUUAAAUAAAGGCUCGGAUAUUCCCAAUGCUUGAUUGUAUUUGAAAUCCUCUUGUACUCUAGACUGUGACGACACCCGGAUGCAAGUAAACUUUUGUAAAUAAA